GCGCCGAGAUCAAAAACAGAAAGAAAAAAAAAGAAAAGAAAUCGAGUCCCUCCGGCACGGCGGCACCACCAGUGCGCCCGCCGCCGUCAUCCGCCGGUCCUCCAGCCUCCUCCUCCUCCCUGUCUCCGCAUAGCCACGCCGCAUCCCCGCCCUCCUCCUGCCUUUCCCAGCGGAUUUCCUCGCCCUUCCUCCGCCAUCUCCCCUUGCCGCUGCGGUGCUCUCCGCCGCCUCCUUCUGCCCCCGCCUUCGUCGUCUCUCUCCCGCCAGCUGCUGCCGCCGCUUCUCGAGCAGGGAUACAAUCUGAAGAGAGAAAAUGUCGUCGAAGAAGAACUACUACAAGGAGAAGAUGAUGCGGCGGAAAGAGGAGAAAAAAGAAGAACCAGAGACACCCAGGUAUCGUGAUCGUGCUAAAGAGCGUCGUGAAGAUCAAAACCCAGACUAUGAACCUACAGAGCUUGGUUCAUUUCAUGCUGUGGCACCUCCUGGGACAGAUUUGAGGCUGGCUGAUGCACACAAGAUUUCAAUUGAGAAAAGCAAAUACCUAGGAGGUGAUUUGGAGCAUACACAUCUGGUCAAAGGCUUGGACUAUGCUCUACUUCACAAAGUACGGAGUGAAAUUGAAAAGAAACCUGAUGCAGAGGAUGAGAAGGAGGCAAAGUCAAGGGCAACAAAAGAUCAGGCUGUCUCCUUCCGAACUGCAACUGCAAAGUCUGUCUACCAAUGGAUCAUAAAGCCACAAAGCAUAAUAAAAGAGAACGAAUUGUUUCUCCCUGGUCGGAUGUCAUUUCUUUACAAUAUGGAGGAGGGACUCACCAAUGACAUUCCAACAACUCUUCAUAGGAGCAAAGCUGAUUGCCCUGUUCCAGAGGAGAUGGUAACUGUCAGUGUGGAUGGUUCUGUACUUGACAGGAUUGCUAAAAUUAUGACAUACCUUCGACUUGGAUCUUCAGGGAAGGUCUUAAAGAAAAAGAAAAAGGAAAGAGACACAAAAGGGAAGAGCAAUUUUGCGAGUGGUAACUGUGAUGAGGCAGUAAAACCUUCGCAAACUAGCAGUUCUGCUCUGAAACACCAAUCAGAAAAGAAUAUGCCGCCACCGCCACCGCCACCGCCACCCCCUCGGAACAAUGAUUCCAAUGGAAAGGAGAAACAAUCUAGGGCUGACAACGAUGACAUUUUCGUUGGUGAUGGAGUUGACUAUUCUGUUCCUAACAAGGAAAUGAGCCAGAGCCCUAUUUCUGAGGAUAUGGAGGAAUCCCCACGUAACCAUCAGAAGCAGUCUUAUUUCACAGAACCCAUGUAUGGCCCCGUACCACCAUCUGAACCUGCACAAGCUUGGCAACAGCCGAAUGGGUAUGGUACUGUUCAAGCCCAAAUGGUAGCAGCUGGAUAUCAAGGCGAUUGGUCAGGCUAUGUGUAUGCAGAACAGCAGUUGGGUUAUCCAGAACAGUACGUGCAACAUAGCACACAGGAAUAUGAUGUGUUAGCUGAUCCUAGUAUAGCCCAGGAUCCUAGGUUCAUGACUCAAGCAGAUAAGGAUCGAGGUCUAGGUUCUGUUUUCAAACGUGACGAUCAAAGGCUUAAUCAGCUAAGGGAAAAAGAUGCACGGGAGAAAGAUCCAAACUUUAUUUCGGAUAGCUACUCAGAGUGUUAUCCUGGUUAUCAGGAGUACCAUAAUGAGAUUGCAGGGAGCGAUGAUGAAGAUGAUUUAUCAAAGAUGGAUAUGGGUGGACGGGCUAAGGGGCGUCUACAUAGGUGGGACUUUGAGACGGAAGAGGAGUGGGCGAAAUACAACGAUCAGAAAGAAGCCAUGCCGAAGGCCGCCUUCCAGUUUGGGGUGAAGAUGCAGGACGGCAGGAAGACCAGGAAGCAGAACAAGGACCAGAAGCUCACUAAUGAUCUCCACAAGAUCAACAAGAUCCUUGCUAGGAAGAAGGGUGAGAAAGAUGGAACAGAUGAUGGCAGCCAUUACGAUGAUGAUUUACCUAGCGCGAAGAAGCAACGCGGCUGAUGCAGCUCAAUUUUAGUUCCUCGUUGCAGAAAGUGUAAAUUACAUGCCAUGUUAAAGGUGUGCAGCCUUCGCUAAAGGUGGCUGGUGCGAAAUUUAUGCCCUUGACUCUUGCUGAAACAAUGGAAGAAGUAUGUUUGUAUAUGUUUAGGGAGGCGCUGCUGAAUACAGUUUGAUUCAACGCACUGCUCUUGUUGAUUCUGGUCUGCCCCUUGGGAUGACGUUAACUUUUUACUGACUUGUAAUAUGUGCUAGCACUGGUUGCCAGGUUGACCCCAUAAUUUUUUUA